AACGUAGUAUAUAAAUUCUCUUUGGCUGUAACGAGUGUAGUAUUUACAUCCUCUUUGAUUUACAGCUGAUACUUCAGGUAGAAGUCAGAAGUCAGAACUAGAAGAUUAUAAUUUAUACCUAAUUAUAUUAUUAUAGUGUUCUGUGAUAGAAGCAACAUGGAGACCCUCGCGGAUCUACUGCAGCCCUACAAGAGUGCCGUGGGAACGACGGCGGCUGUCGUCACCGUUGGCCAGAUGUUCUCCGGGACCUUUCUGUGCUGGGACAUCUACAAACAGAACAGCACCAAGGGUAUUGGCAUCAUGCCCUUCGUCGGCGGUCUCAUAAUGAGCUUGCUGAAUCUCAAGUUCGGUUUCGUGCUGCGCGACGACACCAUGAUUCAGGUGAACUUCUUCGGUUUGGCGCUGAACAUCGUUUACCUCAUGGUUUACUUCAACUACUCGUCGCAAAAGGGCCGUGUAUGGACGCAGAUCGGUGCAGGAGGUGCCUUCUCUGCCGCGGUGCUGGGCUACGCCGAGUACGAGGAUCCCUCCCUCGUGGAGAACAGGCUGGGCACCAUUAUCACAGUCUUCAUGUUCUAUCUCAUCGCGUCUCCGCUCUUCGGUCUGAGAGAUAUCAUCAAGAAGCAGAGCACGGAGGGGAUGCCAUUCCCCAUGAUCCUGUCGGGAGCCGUCGUCAGCUUCAUGUGGCUGUUGUACGGCAUUAUCCUGCGCAACAACUUUCUGGUGCUCCAGAACGUGGUGGCCUUCGUGCUAUGCGCGGCGCAGCUGGCUCUAUUCGUGGUGUACCCGGGCAAGCGUGCGCCUCGUUCCCAGCCCAAGAGCAAGUCCAAGCAGAGAAAGCUGGACUGAUCGUCAAACAUAUAAACAUCUAUGUAUAUAUAAGAAACAUUGUAUAAUUUGAUGUACAGAUUGUCUUUUCUAUCGUAUAAUAGUAAAAUGCCAUGAUAUACGUACAUUCCGCAGAUUAAUUGUAAGCGUUAAAUAAUUUUAAGAGGCAAUCAAAUUGCAAUUUUUGUACAAUUAUUUUCAUAUAUCUAAAUAUAUACUUUGUGUAACAUAA